CAAGGCGGGACACCUCACUUCAUUCACUUUGCUCUGUGUAGUUGCUGUUGAAACAUCAUUUGACAUUGUAGGUCGCUACCAAUAUGGUGAGGACUAAAGCCGACAGUGUUCCCGGAUCAUACAGAAAAGCUGUUGCAGCCUCUGCACCCCGGAAGUCUCUGGGCUCCAGUUCAGCCAAUUCCUCCGCCUCCUCCAGCAGCCAGUGUUCCACACCUGCAAAGAACAAAUAUGCUGGUGGUAACCCAGUGUGUCCCCGUCCCACGCCCACCUGGCAGAAGGGCAUUGGAGACUUCUUCGGUGGUCCCCCGAGGAAGCCUGAGAAGGAGAACCAGAGGCCCCGGGAGGUAGAGGAUGAUGAAGAGGCAGGAGGCAGCGGCAUGUCCAAGGCCAGCAGGAAGUCCAGACCGCUGCCUGCUGAGGAUGAGGAGGAUGAAGAGUGAGGAUGAGGAGUGUUGGACUGGUCCUCCUGUUUGCUGCCUCCAGACUCGCUUAGUGGCAUUUUGAUGUACAUCUGUAUAUAAUUUCUGAUUAAUUCACUUUGUAUAGUUCAUUAAACUUUUUUAUGUUUUUAAGAUG